AUGUGGCUGUACGCCGUUGUCCUCCUGGCCAUGGCCCUGCCUGGUCUCACAAACAUGGUUGCUCUGUCGUCCUCGCAGUCAGCGGGCCAUUCCCCCAAUUGCACUCUGACCUACAUUGCUUCUCAACCUCCUCAAAUUGGUCCCACCAGCACAGUCUACCAGGCAAUCAUGACCACCUUCCGAUACGCCGUGGAUUGCAAUGUCUGUUCUGUCACAAAUAUUCCAAGCGUCGACAUUCAAGGGCCCUUCAGUACUCGAUCAACCAGCUCAAUGCUCACGGUCACUGAGAUUCAAUGUAUCCCUGAAGGCACUGCCAGCACCAGAAUGCACCAUGCGGCUCACAACAACAUUGCUGCAACUUCUCCUCAGACUGCCAGCUGGAACCAAAUGGAAGACCUCAAGAAGUCACACAUUCACCGUCGUUCGGACCAAGCCACAGAAGCAGCCCUUGCGGAUCUGGCAAGUAGCUUCGCCAAUGCUCUUCCUCCUGAUGUCUCCCUGCUCUCUGGUGGGUUAAGGGACGAGUUCACCGACAUUGCAUCUGCUAUGUUUGCGCUGAGCAUUUGUGACUCUGGCAUGGACCUCCAUUCGGCUUGUGAACAGUUGAAAACCGAUCAGGUUGCAUACCAGCUAUACCAGUCAUGGUAUGCCCCCGACAAUGUCAAGUCGAUUGUCUGCUUCUGCGCAUCCUACGGCUACGACUUUGGGACCACCCGUCAACAGCUGUACGCCAACCUCUACGCUGCUCUCAUUGGCAUUCUGGCGGCUGCUGAUAUCACCACGGACCGGGGUCAAAUCUGUGACACUCUCAGUCUUUUCAAUCGGACAGGCUCUUCCUUGGGUAUCAACACUCAAAUGUAUCAUGACCUUGUCUGCAGCAGUUUUCCCACUCCCACGCCAACUACACCACUCUGGUAUGGACCAACACCCAUCAUUCCAUAUGUCUCAAACAACAUGACCACGUGGGGCACUCCAACUUCCUGGGCCUCCAAUACGACCAUCACAGGAUCCGACACCCCCAGUGGGACUGGAGUCAAUAGCGGGACUGGAGUCAACAGUGGGACUGGAGUCAAUAACAGAACUACCAUAGGACCACCUGUCUCUUAUACUGGCACAAUUGGCAGUGACUGGUCAAUCACCAUCAAUACUCAAACCAACUGGACCGAAACCACACCCACAGGAACUGGUGCGGCAUCUGACACCCCUACCGCAGAAUCCAAUGGCACCUUGCUUGCUGCGCGUACACCACGAGGGCCCAACGCUGUGCCAUUUUAUCCUGCUAUCACCACUCCCGCACCACGUCAUGGACUUUUCAAGCGGUACUAG